AUGGUUUUCUUCUAUGAUCGUUCAAAACGUUUACGUCGUGGUUAUAUCACAAAAAAAGUAAAUGAAAGCAGUGUUUUAAUCAAAGACUUUGACGUUCUGGAUAUCCAAGACUAUUUGGUUUUAAACAAUCUUGUUUUUGAUGUUCCUGAAAAUUUUCCAAUUUGGCAAUUUCCAGCUUGUCAGUUUCCGGCACAGAUUGUAAAUGCGGAUAUGAUUCAAAUUCGCCGUUUCUGGAAGGAAGGAACUGAGUUUUCGGUUAUUGUUAAUGAGAUAAUUAAUGGCCAGAAAUGUUUUUGUCGUCCACUUCCAAUUAAUUCAAUGGAUGUUGUUGAUUUUUGA